CCUCGUUCUAACUCGACAGCUCAGCGUCGAUGGCGACAUUCUGGAUCUAUGACUAUAUCUGUUCACUUCACGAAGAGUGUGCUGUUCAAGUGGACGUUCCUACUUCAGUCGCGCUGGACCAAAGUAAAAGUCCUUUAUAUCAUUGCACGAUAUGUCCCCUUUUUAAUCCCCAUCGUGAACCUAUAUCUGGCCGUGACCCCGAACGAGGAUAACAAUAAAUGCCAAAUAUCGAUCUAUGUUAUCACAUCCUUGAGUCUGAUUUCAUUCAUUUGCUCUGAAUGCUUUUUUGUCCUCAGAACGUAUAUGCUCUGGAACAAAAAUAGAAUUAUACUCGUAACCAUGCUGUCCGCCAUUUUUGCUGUCGCCAUAUCAUCCACCAUCAUUAGUUUUACUCCUGUUAUGACAUCUUAUUCUACGGCUAACGUAAUCCCAGGCUGUCAGAGCUUGGCCAGUUUCUCAUUCUUCAUGCCGUUUGCUCUCUUGUUUGUGUUCCAACUGGUACUGUUGUCCAUCACACUCGUGCGUGUCAUACAGAGCUGGCGGUCAGUCAAUGGCCCUCUGUACGCCAUCCUAGUGAAGCAUAACAUAUUCUACUAUGUAUGCGGUCUGCUUCUCUCGGCCGUGAACGUCCUUGUGCCGCUGCUGCCGUUUGAUUCCCUAACCGACCUCGUCCCCGAAGAUUUUGAGGUCUUUAUCCUUGCGAUUCUCGCUACGCGCAUGCACCUCCAUAUCUGGCAUAUGGAUCAGCACGUGGAUGAUUCUGAUACCUCCGUGUGUAUACCUAUGUCGGACAUGUCACCUGUAGACCAUACGGUGUAACAUCUUAUCAAGUGGCUUAUUUGGCGUCAUUUGUGAAGUUGGACUUGGACUACGACUUCCUUCUCUGUUUGAUGAUUUUGAUCACGAGCAAUACACGACCCAUAUCGCUGCUUGCCACUACAUGAUGAUGCGUACCAUCCAAUCUUGGUACUUAUCGCGGAGAAGUACGUACA